GUGAUAAACGGCGCUUGCCAAAGCAGGCCUCUCGAUUAUUGUUAAAAGAAAAAGCUGUGAUUUCGUGUGCGGUGGCAAAAAUACCUAUAAUUAUUCAUUUCAUUGCAUUUUAAAAGCCAAAUCAGCACAAAAUGCCAUACGCCAAUCAACCAUCGGUUACCAUAACCGAGCUAACAGAUGACAAUGUAAAGUUUGUGUUGGAAGACACCGAGCUUAGCGUGGCCAAUAGUUUGCGGCGCGUUUUUAUUGCUGAGACACCGACGCUGGCGAUUGAUUGGGUACAAUUGGAAGCAAACUCCACAGUUCUAUCAGAUGAAUUCCUGGCACAUCGCAUUGGCCUGAUACCCCUGAUAUCAGAUGAAGUGGUGGAACGCUUGCAGUAUACCCGUGAUUGCAUUUGCUUGGAUUUUUGUCCAGAAUGUAGUGUGGAGUUUACCUUGGAUGUUAAGUGUACGGAAGAUUCGACCAGGCAUGUAACUACGGCGGAUUUAAAAUCAAGCAAUCCCAAGGUGUUGCCGGUUACUUCUCGCCAUCAAAAUGAUGAAGAUAAUGAGUAUGGUGAAAGUACCGAUGAAAUUUUAAUUAUCAAAUUACGCAAAGGCCAGGAACUCAAGUUGAGAGCCUAUGCCAAGAAAGGUUUUGGCAAGGAACAUGCAAAAUGGAAUCCCACAGCCGGUGUAUGUUUUGAAUAUGAUCCAGAUAAUUCCAUGCGUCAUACUUUGUAUCCCAAACCCGAUGAAUGGCCAAAGAGUGAGCAUACUGAAUUGGAUGAUGACCAAUAUGAGGCUCCGUACAAUUGGGAAGCUAAACCGAAUAAAUUUUUCUACAAUGUGGAAUCUUCGGGUGCCCUGAAACCAGAAAAUAUCGUAAUUAUGGGUGUACAGGUGCUGAAAAAUAAACUGUCCAAUUUACAAACACAGCUCAGUCAUGAAACCCAAAAUGACGCCUUAGCAGUUUAGGAGGAAAACAGUUCAGGAUUUUAACAAUUAUAUUUUAUUUUUCGUAAUAAUAUAGACAUUUAACAAAA